CUCCUCGCGGAUGGGACUUGAGUGUGUUCACCGAACAGACAGAAAGGGCUUGGUCCGUUCUCGUAUCGGCCAGGGUGUCACCGGUCGGUGAGUGAGUCAGCGCGGCCCCGAACUGCUGCAGUCAGUCUGGCAUAGGAGGCGCUCCAGCCCCGAAGAAGCCCCCGGUAGAUGAACGUCGUCCUCGGCUAUGCUGCCCUGAGUGCGCCGCCGCCGGUACCCGCCCUGCCAACAUGUCUGAUGUCAACAAGACUCUACAGAAAUGGCAAGCCAGUUUCAGAAAAGGCACAGACUUUGACUCGUGGGGACAAUUAGUGGAGGCUAUAGACGAAUACCAAAUACUUGCAAGGCAACUGCAAAAAGAAGUGCAGUCAUCAAACUCAUCAGACUUCACAGAAGAGCAGAAGAAAACUCUAGGGAAAAUUGCAACAUGCCUGGAGAUGAGGAGUGUCAGUUUGCAGUGCACACAGUCAACAGAGGAGUUCAAGUUGGAAGAUUUAAAGAAACUGGAAAGCAUCAUCAAGAACAUAUUGACGUACAACCAAGAAUUUCCCUUCGACGUCCAACCGGUGCCUUUAAGAAAGAUCCUCGCUCCUGGUGAAGAGGAGAAUCUGGAGCUAGAAGAAGAUGCUGUUGCAGUCGCCGGUUCCACAGAAGCUUUCCCCCCGAGAGCUCCGGGUACCUUGUUGCCACGAUUACCCUCCGAGCCAGGAAUGACGCUGCUUACGAUAAGAAUAGAAAAAAUUGGUCUCAAAGAUGCAGGGCAAUGUAUCGACCCAUACAUGACUAUUAGUGUCAAAGAUUUAAAUGGGGUAGAUUUGAACCCUGUGCAAGACACCCCCGUGGCCACCAAGAAGGAAGACAUCUACAUCCACUUUAGUAUGGACAUCGAGAUCCAAAGGCAUCUAGAAAAACUACCUAAAGGGGCAGCUAUUUUCUUUGAAUUCAAGCACUACAAACCCAAGAAGCGGUUUACCAGCACAAAAUGUUUUGCCUUCUUGGAAAUGGACGAAAUCAAGCCUGGACCCAUUGUGAUUGAGCUGUACAAAAAGCCCACUGACUACAAGAGGAAGAAACUUCAGCUCCUCACAAAGAAACCACUUUAUCUUCAUCUUCAUCAAACCUUGCACAAGGACAGCUAAAAAGCCCAUGAGGCGCUCGAUCACAUACAAUACAGCACUACUAAAUCAUACUAUUUUUUUUUUUUUCCUCAAUGGCUAUAUUAGCAGAGUAAAGGGAACUGAACCAGAAGGUGGUCACGCCCACACACCUUUCCUACAUUUUUUUUUUUUUAUACCCUUGUGCAAAACUGUGUUCGGGCUAUUUGAAGGACAUACUGUAUUUCACGCUGCAAAAUUUUUGAACCCAACGCGUUGGGUCGGACUCCACACGAGGUUAUGUCAACAUGAGGUGCUCUACUAUCUCUGUUUGCACUGGUGGACCUUGAAACAGAAGUGUGCAAGUCAUCUGCCAAAAAGUGGAAGUCAUGUGUAGCACGCAUUGAGCUAAGCCAUUGAUUGAAUCAUUUAAAAGGCAGACUAAGUAAAUCUCAAAAUGAGUUCACGUGGAGGCAUUUUGGUGCUAAGUAAUAUCUGUAUAGAUAAUUUUAGUUAUCAUAAGUAAAUGAAAUAAUAGAAGUGGAAUUUAAGCAUGCCGGAAUUUAACAAGAUCUGCCUCUUUACCAAAAUGUAUAAUGAUAGAAAUACUAAGAGAAUUUUAGCAUAUGUAUAAUAUUGCAAUACUUUUUUUUAAGGUGGUCAAAAUAACUAAUACUUUCUUGUUCAAGCUUCACCUCCUCACCAAUUAUUGCAAAUUGAAAUAUAUAUAGUCAUUAAAAUAUAUUUUAAAUACGUCUUCUUAAGCUGCUUCUCCAAUUGUAAUAUUGGCAUUAGUACUAAUAAAAAAAUACAGCAUGAACUAAUGAUGAAUUGUAAUUCAAAAAAAUACAACACAAAUCAUAUUCCCAGUUUAAGCUCCACACCGUUCCGAAUUUUGUAUUAUAAAGUGACGAAUAAUAACUAUUAUUACAUUUUGAUAAAUGAUGGAUAGCAUCUGGCUAACCUGCAACAGAACCUGGAUGAUUAACCUCUGUGUAAUAAAUAUUUAAAUAAUUAUUUUUUAAUACAUUUUUAAAAGUUAAAAGGUUCCAGCUAUGCCAUGUCACCAAUUUGGAUGUACUGUGCUCAUUAAAAAAAUAUUACAAAAUAGUUGAUAGAGAGCAAUCGAAUUAAGAAGAAAAAAAAAAAAAACAUUUUAAUUUCAAAAGAUUUCAUACUUUGGUCCUGAAAUAUUUGUAUAAUGAGUGAUUUAAGUGUCAACAACUAAGAAUUUAAAAUUUUCCCACAAAAAAGUAUCCGAACCUUUUGGAAUUUUUCACAUUUCUGAAUAAAAUCACCAACAAAUGUAGUCUGAUCUUUUGUCAAAAUCACACAGAUGAAAAAAACAGUGUCUGCUUUAACUAAAACCACCAAAACAUUUAUAGGUUUUCAUAUUUUUAUGAGGAUUGUAUGCAAACAAUGACAGAAGGGGGACAAAUAUGUAAGUGAACCAUAACAUUUAAUAUUUUUUGCCUCCACCAUUUGGCAGCAAUAAAGUCGACCAGACGCUUCCUGUAGCUGCAGAUCAGUCCGGCACAUUGAUCAGGACUAAUCUUGGCCCAUUCCUCACGACAAAAGUGCUGUAGUUCAGUCAGAUUCCUGGUAUGUCUGGCAUGAAUCGCUGUCUUUAGGUCAUGCCACAGCAUCUCAAUGGGGUUCAAGUCUGGACUUUGACUUGGCCACUCCAGAACGUGUAUUUUGUUGAUUUACUUCUGUGUUUUGGAUCAUUCUCUUGUUGCAGCAUCCAUCCUAUUUUUAGCUUCAACUGUCUGACAGACAGCCUGUUUUUCCUGCAAAACUUUUGAAUUCAUUCUUCCAUUAAUGAUUGCAAGUUGUUCAGGUCCUGCGGUAGCAAAACAGCCCCAAAUCAUGAUGCUCCCUCCACCAUGCUUCACCGUGGGAAUGAGGGGUUGAUGUUGGUGAGCUGUUCGUUUUCCUUCACACAUGACUUUGCGUGUUACUCCCAAACAAUUCAACUUUGGUUUGCAUCAGUCGACAAAAUGUUUUGCCAAAACGUCUGUGGAGUGUCCAAGUGCCUUUUUGCAAACAUUAAACGAGGAAUAAUGUUUUUUUAGACAGCAGUGGCUUCCUCUGUGGAGUCCUGCCAUGAACACCAUUCUUGGCCAUAGUUUUACAUGUAGUUAAUGUGUGCAGAGAUAUUGGACUGUGCCAGUGAUUUCUGUAAGUCUUGAGCAGAGACUCUAGGGUUCUUUUACCUCUCUGAGUAUUCUGUGCUGAACUCUUAGCGUCAUCUUUGGUGGACAACCACUCCUUGGGAGAGAAGCAACAGUGACAAACUCUCCAUUUGUAGACUUCUCUGACUGUCGAUUGAUGAACAUCCAGACUUUUAGAGAUGGUUUUGUAUCCUUUCCCAGCUUUAUACAAAUCAACAAUCCUUGAUCAUAGGUCUUCACACAGCUCUUUUGACCGAGACACAGUGCACAUCAGGCAAUGCUUCUCAUCAAGACAUUUCUUAUCAGGGGUGUUUUAGAGAGGGCAAGGCAGCUUUAAACCACUAAUCAGGGAUUGGGCAUACACCUGACUUAAAUUGGUUUCAAUUGCUCUUUAAGUCUCCUUAGACAGAGGGUUCACUUAGUUAUUCGUCCCACUUGUGUCAUUGUUUGCAUGCUAUUCUCAUUAAAAUAUGAAGACCUAUAAAUCUUUGGUUUUAGUUACAGCAGAAACUUUAUUUUCAUCUGUGUGAUUUUGACAAAGAUCAGAUCACAUUUGAUGGUGAUUUUACGCAGAAAUGUGAGAAAUUCCAAAAGGUUCAGAUACUUUUUCAUACCACUGUACAGCAAUUUUAUUCAGAUUGCCUCCAUUUUUCUAAACCAUUUGACAAAAUUGACUGACGGAUUUACCAACAAACAACUUGUAUUCCACAGUUGAUAUCAGGUCGUGUUUGACAUUUGGCAGCUAUUUGACUGGCGCUACUAUCUGAACAUUUCAAAUAAAUUCAGCAUUUAAUUAGACUUUAUGGUGCCCUCUUCAGAAAUCGUGACAUUUGGAUUAAGUGGUGCAGUUUUUCAUUUAGUACUGUGUCUUUGACCUUUAUUUUCCUGAUCAUGUCAGGUGGCAUUUGUAGGCAAAUGGAUGGAUAAUCGUGUUGGCCUUUGUUUCAGAAUUUAAUUUGAAUGUCAUAUUUGUAUGCAUAAAAUUUGUAUGGAUGCAAUGAGAUUUGCAUUUUAUCUGGGAUUUGGGCGUUUCCCCAUAAAGUGUUUUUUUUUUUUUUUUUUAUAAGUGAAGAUGGAUUGAUGUCACCUUAAUAUUUUGAUCUCCAUGGAUUUUGAUUGCAAUACUUGAUUUUUAGAUUUUAUUUUUGUAAUGUUCAAGGCUGUAAACGACCUGAGAGAUGAGGAUGCAGUAACUAUGUGUGACCAUGUGGUGUGUAUGCCUGGACUGAUAAGACUGACGGGAAUUUGAUCUUAAGAUUUCUAAUAAACAGAAAGGCAUUUCAAUGAAUGAAUGGUAAUUUUGAAUAAUGUUAAAGAAAAAAUCAUGACGUUUUGAGUACAAAUGUACCGGACAAUUUACUUUCAGAAUUUUAAUCACUACUUGGACUCCAAGAAAUGGUUUAUAGACAAAUUGUACUUAUAACAAAGACUGCUAGUUUUUGCAUUCUUUAUUAUUAAAAGAUUUCUACGAACAUAGUAAAAUAAGUUAUACAUCUGGCCAUCAAAUUACACAUUUACAGUUGGCUCCAGAAGAUAGUUUUGGGCAAAAAAAAAAGAAAAAAAAUGAAAUGCUAGAAGCUAAACCUCUCUAUUACCACUUUUAAAACAUUUCCACAGGAAAUGACAUUUAUAAACCUUUAAAAACCACCGCUAUAUAUUUUUCAAAAUGCAAAUCCUUUGACAUACAUUGAAUUAUUGCACAAUAAAAUGUUGCAAAAAAAAAAAAAAAGUGGUAACCCUUUCAGUUCUUGAGUACAUGGAAUUUCCACGCAAACAUUGAUGCUUUGAUUUAAGGACCAUGCUUUAUAAAUAGCAUUUCAGUUUUAUU